AUGCAGUUCACCAUCAGCGCCGCGGCCCUCAUGGCCUUCGUUUCCACCGUCGUUGCCCAGGUCGCCAACUUCGACGUCAUCUCCGCCCCUGGCAACUUCGAGGUCGUCGAGCCCGGCAAGCCCUACACCAUCAAGACCCUCAUCCCCGACCCUGAGCCCGUUGCUGCUGGCGUCGUCAACUCCGCUGGUACUUUCAAGUGGAAUGUUCCCGCCACCCUCGGUGACGAUGCUAUCUACGGUCUGAGGAUCCAGCUCGACUCGGACGAGACUCACCUCCAAGUCCGCCGCUCCUACCAACUCUGGCAACUCUACCACCACUGCCGCUCCCCUAAGACCACCAUCGUCACCACCACCUCCGUUGAGGACGAGAGCAAGCCCACUGCUGUCCCCACCGAGAGCGUCGUCCCCGAGAGCGGUGCUACCCGCUCCGCUGCCGGUGCUGUUGCCAUCCUCGGUGGCCUUGCCAUCGCUGCUUUCGGCCUCUAA